AUGGCGCCUGAAUUUUAUCCUGCGGAUUUGCCGGCAGGGGCCAAGCUGAUCCGGCAGAAUCAUGUACGAAUUUGGAUCCACAAGGAAGAGCGAGACGUGAGGAAAAUCUAUGGCUAUUUGAAGAGCCCUGACAGGCCAUCAGAAGCCACACUUGAGGCUCGACGCUGUUUCAAACGGGAGCGUAUGAUUCACGAUGCUAUUGAGGAGCGCCCAUGCAAACACCUACUUACGACCGUUCCGGAUUCGCUGCGAAUCUUCGAACAUGGAGAUUAUGUCUAUGGGAUCCUGCGAUUUCCUUACAUGGACUACACGCUUGAAGAGGUAAGAGACAACCCACGGCUUUACUACUCUGCAGCUGAUGUACUCUCUGCCGCCAUGCAACUCACAACCGGUUUGACCCACCUGCACGACAAGUUGAAAAUUAUCCAUCGGGAUUUGAAGCUCCAAAAUGUCUUCUUGGAUCGACACGGCACCGUCAAGAUCGGCGACUUCAACAUCUCGCUCGUCGCGUUCUGGACUGAUCCCGAUAGAUUGACGGGCACCGGGACGACUCAUUGCAUGGAUCCGAGAGCACUGGUGGAUAAAACGGCCGAUUUUGCGUGCGACAUCUGGGGCCUGGCGGUUGCCUUAUGGGAAUUGACGACCCGAGAACAAUGCUUCCGCCACAUUCCGAAGGAAAAGUUUUUCGAGUUUCACCGAAGAAAUGAAUGGGUCGUGCCGCCACUAAACGGGCAGCAUUUCAUCGUUGACUUCAUUAGAGCAUGUUCCGAAGAAGCCUCAUUCCGCCGUAGCGCCGCCGAUCUAUCGAAAAUUAUCAACCAGCACGCCGAAAAGAAUCCGCCGCUCUUCAAGAGGCGAUUUGAUGUUGUCAAUGUGGAAAGCUCCGAGCUUCUGAAACCAAGUGGACUUGAACAUCUAAAGCCUGGCAGCUGCGCAAUUUACGAGUACUUCCGACGGCUCGGCCCUUGUAUGCAGAAUUUGGCCGAGGAAAGCGAUGCUGACGUGGAUGCCAUCGGGGGCAGCGUUCAUACGGGCCUGAGCGACGAGUUGAGCAAAAGCCAAUCCUCAAACGGGACGUUGGAAGCCGAUAUUGAACGGCGCAAGGAAAUACAGACAACCCAAUCGUCCUCAAACUCAACUCUCAGCUCUAUGCACGCGCUACCGGUAGCUGAAGACAAUCACCGAGGGCCAGGCCCGGGUACUUUGGAAGAAGAUCAGGAAGGCUCGACGAUUCUGCAACCUAAUCCAAGUUUUUCAUAUGGCGACCCGGAGUCCGCCGAAUCAACGCUCGUUAGCUCAGAAUGCUCGGAUGACGAGAGCGAAGUAAAUACACUAAUCUCAACUUUCGAAAUUGAAGACGCAGAAGGGUUUACCAACGAACAAACCACACGUAUAGAUCAACAUCCCACAAGUAUGGCGACUCCUCAAAAUAGCGUAAAUCCGGGUGACGCUCUGCUACGGGAUGUGACUUGGCAGCGCCUCACUGCAACAUUGCCGGCAACACAUUCGCAAACUGAGGCUCCUAUUCGCGCUGCAAGGUGUGAGAGUGCGCUUUCUACCUCGAGAAUUGUAGAACGACCUAGCCGAUCUAAGCUUGGCUGCUUAAAAGUAAAUCACAAGGUUGCGAUCGACGUUCCGCCUACUCUUCUACGUUCUGAAGCGGAACCCGGAACCGCAGCUUUGAGUAAUGGAAAUCUCGCUGGCCCACGCCCAAUUCCGCGGUUCUCCAUGGAGGUAGUAACCCCAUUCCAGCCGUGUGUCGAUGUUGAGCAUCGGGAGAACACGGCAAGGCCAUUGGCCGCAAUUUCGGAACAGCAAGUUAGCAGCGGCGUCUAUGAAACAGUUUCUGGCAGGGGCUUGCUCGCGAUUCCCGGUCGGUUCAAGAUUUGGGGCGCUAGGCGUCAUACAACCGAGGGCCGCACC